UCAAUUCAGCCCCAUCUCCACGGUCAGCAAUUUUAACACAAAUAUCCUCAUAAUGGCCGAAGCUGCCGAAGAUUCAAAUGUCUUGAGCGGAACCUCCGAGCUGGCGGAAGAAAAAGAAGACAUGGACGGAGUCUCAUCUCAGGACGAUGAGGGGGACAAAGAGAAGAGAGAAACGAGUGAGGAAGAAGAACCAAAGAGUUUGAUCAACCUCCAAAGAGAUCUGACAGAGUUAGUGACCAACAUCCCGACUGCAGCCGAUGCCAAAAUAGUGCAACAAAGGGCACAACUGGACGAAGCUCGGAGACUCCGACAGCAACGGCUGGAGAACGAUGCUAAAUCCUGCCAGGAACAGUUUGAGCAGAUCUCACGAGGAUGGCCGAUACUCAAUCAGAAGGCGAUCCUACAGGAUCUGCAGAAAGCCUUGACCAGCCAGCAGCAGCUGUGCGAUGCUCUCAUCCAAGACAAGAAAAAACUCAUAAGUGACCUGCAACAGGAACUAAAGCUGAGCGAUGAACACUAUGUGAAGAACUUAAGGACUAACGCAGAAGAGAUUAAUCUGAUGAUCGAGAGGAUGGAAGACCAGAUCAAAAUCCUCACAAAAGCCUACAGAGAGGAGUUGGACCAGAUUGAUAGAGUUCAUGAGCAGGAAUUGGACAUCUUACUUACGAAGGAUAAAACUGAAUGGGAAGAACAGUUGAAGAAGCUUUGGGACUUGGAGAAUAAAAGGCUGAUGGAGAGGACAAAGAAAGUGGAAAACUAUGAAGAAGAAAUUCAUGAUUUGAUGCUGGAGAAUGUCCACAAUCAAAACAUCAUUACAAAUACCAAACUGCAGCAGUCCCAGGCACAAGAUAGGGUCCAUCAACAGGUGAAGGACAACAGCAUGCUCACAAUACUAAAACAAAAAAAAAUAGAGGAAGAAAGACAAAAAAUAAUGAACAGGCUGUCCAAUGUCAACAAAAAGAUCCUCAGUUUGGAGAGAGAAAAGACAAACAUAAAAAGAAUGCACAGCGUAGAAGAGAACAAAUUCAUGAAGCAGAAUCACAGAUUAUCUGAGGAAUACAAACGAUAUGUCCAGAAAUAUGAACAAAUUCAGAUGGAGAUGAAGCACUUUGCAGUUGCUGAUGCCAAAGUCUUUGAGGACAUGUGGCUAAUGAGUGAAGCAGAGGUAAAGCGAUUAGUGGAGAGGGCUUUGGACAUUGAUUCAGUAAUCUGCAAGCAGCACCUCGGCAUAGCCUGGGAGCGACCUCAUAUUCCCUUUCUUGAGCUGAGUGGUCCCAUCCAGCCUCAGAAGCUAACCCCAGGUCUUAGCCGGCCAAUGUCUGAAACUGGGACAAACAGCCAGGAGACGCUAGAAGCUUCAGCUGGACGCAGCAUGGAGGCUGACACUGAGGGCUCAAACGCAGACGUGAGCGAGGAAGGCAGAGCUGUGUUGAGUGAGAGCAGUCCAGGGUGGGAGGAAGGGAAUCCAUCCAGGGAUAUGCAGAAGGAAAUCAUGGAGCUACUGUGUGAUGAAACAGACUUCCUGAUGGAGGAUAAAAUUUUGAAGCUGCUGGCCUCUUUGGACAAGGAGGAGCAGACUGCUGUGAAGCUGGGAUUUCUCUUUAGUUCUUUGGCUAUAGAAGACAAAGAUGAAUCCAAAUUGGCUGAUUUUUUACUGAAGUAUGAGCAAAGGCAGAGAGAACAGAAUGAGGGCUCAUGUACAGGACCCAGUGGCUCUGCAGAAGGAGAUGAGAUAAGCACUGCAUCUGAUUUGACCUCUGAAGUCAUCCAUCGCGACCAUAUUUUGCCUGCUCUAAAAAGUUUCCUUGAGCAGCGCAGGAUGUCCAGGGAGUGCUCAGCCCAUGGACUGUCCAGUACUCGGCUUAAUCAGGCCCGGGACACCUCAGACGAUGCAGCCUACUGGGCCACUAUGGGCGACGUCAUCUCUGAGGACAAAUUCCAGCUGUGGGAUGCUGCAGAGAUCACACUAAACGAAUACCAUGCCGUGCUGACAGAGAUCUCGGAUCUUAUUCCUGAGACUGAGCGUCUGAAGCAGAAGAACACAGAGCUGCGGAUGCAGCUGCAGCAGCGGCUAACCUCAGCGGUCGACUGAAGCUGUGAACAGUAUCAAAGAUGACUUGAACAGCAGGUGUGUGAAAUUGUAUUCAUCUAAAAAUUCAAGGACUCA